AUGCCCAUCAACCUUGGGACCAGAAGCUUCCUGGAGCUCCUCCUGUCCAUGGAUGGGAACUGCUGCACAGACAGAGGCCUCUCUGCCUAUGAAAGCAGUGAUUUAGGAGAGGACGAGAUAAAGCUGGCACCUCUGGAGCUUGAGUCUUCCCCACAAAACGGCGGCCGCAGCCUCUGCGUCGCAGAGCUCAGGCUUGAGGACACCACAGGGGCCAAGGCUGCCCAGAGUUUCAGCGACGACCAGCAGUCUCAGGACUUCUCUGAGGCUGAGGCAGGCGCCACCUCUCUGGCCAAAGGCUCUGAAGAGCCCGAAAGUUAUUCAUUUUUAUUUCAGGGACGGUUGACAUUCAGGGAUGUCACCAUAGAAUUUACUCCAGAAGAGUGGGAAUGCUUGGACCCUGCUCAGCGCAAUUUGUAUAGGGAUGUGAUGUUAGAGAACUACAGAAACCUGGUCUCCGUGGGUGAGAAUACUUUAUCUCCAGAAUAUCUAAUUUACCUCAUGGCCCAAAAGAGAAUGCCUAGUGGAGAGAAACCUUACAGAUGUGAGGAAUGUGACAAAGCCUUUCAUGGUCUCUCAACUCUUGCAGUACAUAAGAGAAUUUAUACUGGAAAGAAACCCUACAAAUGUGGAGAAUGUGGCAAAUUCUUUAACAGGUGCUCACAUCUUACAGCACAUAAGAGAAUAUGUACUGGAGAGAAACCCUACAAAUGUGAAGAAUGUGGCAAAGGCUUUAACUGGUGCUCAGCUUUUACAGUCCAUAAGAGAAUUCAUACUGGAGAGAAACCUUAUAAAUGUAAGGAAUGUGGUAAAGCCUUUAAGCAGUGCUCGAAACUUAAACAACAUCAGAGAAUUCAUACUCAUGAAAAACCUUACAAAUGUGAGGAAUGUGGCAAGGCCUUUAGUCAGUCCUCAACCCUGACAACACAUAAGAGAAUGCAUACUGGAGAGAAACCCUACAAAUGUGAAGAAUGUGGCAAGUACUUUAAAAAGUUAUCAACUUGUACAGCACACAAGAGAGUUCAUAGUGGAGAGAAACCUUACAAAUGUAAGGUAUGUGGCAAGGCCUUUAAACAGUGUUCAGGCCUUACAACACAUAAGAGGAUGCAUACUGGAGAGAAACCCUACAAAUGUGAGCAAUGCGACAAAGCCUUUAGCCAGUGCUCAAAUCUUACAGUACACCAGAGAAUUCAUACUGGAGAGAAACUGUACAAAUGUGAGGAAUGUGACAAAGCCUUUAAUCAGUCCUCACACCUAACAAGACAUAAGAGAAUGCAUACUGGAGAGAAACCCUACAAAUGUGAAGAAUGUGGCAAAUCCUUUAACCAGUGCUCAAAACUUACAGUACACAAGAGAAUACAUACUGGGGAGAAACCUUACAAAUGUAAGGAAUGUGGCAAAGCCUUUAACGGGUGCUCAGAUCUUACAACCCAUAAGAGAAUUCAUACUGGAGAGAAACCUUACAAAUGUGAAGAAUGUGGUAAAGCCUUUAAGCAGAACUCAAACCUUAAACAACAUCAGAGAAUUCAUACUCGAGAGAAACCCUACAAAUGUCAAGAAUGUCGCAAAGCCUUUAACACUUUUUCACCUCUUCCAGUGCAUAAAAAUGUAUGAAUUCAUACUGGAGAGAAAGCCUACAAAUAUGAAGAAUGUGGCAAAUCCUUUAACAAGUUAUCAACUUUUACAGCACACAAGAGAAUUCAUAAUGGAGAGAAACCUUACAAAUGUGAGGUAUGUGGCAAUGUCUUUAACCAUUAUUCAAGCCUUACAGUACAUAAGGGAAUGCAUACUGGAAAGAAACUCUACAAAUGUGAAGAAUGUGGUAAAUCCUUUCACUGGUGCUCACAUCUUACAGCACAUAAGAGAACUCAUAGUGGAGUGAAACCUUACAAGUGUGAGGUAUGUGCCAAGGCGUUUAACCAUUAUUCAAGCCUUAGAAUACAUAAGAGAAUCCAUACUGGAGAGAGACCCUACAAAUGUGAAGAAUGCGGCAAAUCCUUUUACCAGCGCUCACAUCUUACAGCACAUAAGAGAAUACAUAGUGGAGUGAAACCUUACAAAUGUGGGGAAUGUGGCAAAGCCUUUAACGGGUUCUCAAAUCUUGCAGUACAUAACAGAAUUCAUACUGGAGAGAAACCCUACAAAUGUGAAGAUUGUGGCAAAUCCUUUCAGCGGCGCUCACAUCUUACAGCACAUAAGAGAAUACAUAGUGGAGAGAAACCUUACAUAUGUGAGGAAUGUGGCAAAGCCUUUAGCAGGUUCUCAAAUCUUACAGCACAUAAAAGAAUGCAUACUGGAGAGAAACCCUACAAAUGUGAUGAAUGUGGCAAAUCCUUUUACAAUUUAUCAACUUUUUCAACACACAAGAAAAAUCAUAGUGGAGAGAAACCUUACAAAUGUGAGGUAUGUGGCAAGGCCUUUAUCCAUUAUUCAAGCCUUACAAUACAUAAGAGGAUGCAUACUGGAGAGAAACCCUACAAAUGUGAAGAAUGUGACAAAUCCUUUUACCGGUGCUCACAUCUUACAGCACAUAAGAGAACACAUGGUGAAGUGAAACCUUAUAAAUGUGAGGAAUGUGGCAAAGCCUAUAACUGGUGCUCAGAUCUUACAUCACAUAAGAGAAUUCAUACUGGAGAGAAACCCUACAAAUGUGAAGAAUGUGGCAAAUCCUUUCACCGGUGCUCACAUCUUACAGCACAUAAGAGAACUCAUAGUGGAGAGAAACCUUACAAAUGUGAAGAAUGUGGGAAGGCCUUUAACCAGUAUUCAAGUCUUACAACACAUAAGAGAAUUCAUACUGGAGUAAAAUCCUACAAAUGUGAAGAAUGUGGUAAAGCCUUUAAGCAGUGCUCAAAACUUAAAUUACAUCAGAGAAUUCAUUCUGGAGAAAAACCUUACUAAUGUGAGGAAUGUGGCAAGGCCUUUAACCACUAUUCAAGCCUUAUAACAUGUAAGAGAAUUCAUACUGGAGAGAAACUUUACAAACCUAAGCAGUGUUGCAAAGCCUUUAACUGGAGUUCAGAUCUUACAACCCAUAAUCAUGUUGGGGAGAAACCCUACAAAUGUGAAGAAUGUGACAAAGCCUUUACCUAGUGCUCACAGUGUACAGCACACAAGAGAAGUCAUACUGGAGAGAAAUCCUACUCAUAUCAAGAAGGUGGCAAAGCCUUUAAGCAGUGCUCAAAACUUAAGCGACAUCAGAGAAUUCACACUGGACAGAAACCCUACAAAUGUGAAGACUGUAAAGCCUUUAAACAGGCCUCAGUACUUACAACAUAUAAGAGAAUUCAUACUGGACAGAAAUUCUACGAGGGUGAAGCAUGAGGCAAAGCCUUUAACUGGUCCUGA